AUGCAUUCCAGAAAAUCACGUUCUUCGCUUUCAAUCUCUCAACAGAGACUUUUGUCUCAUUCCAUGACUGGCCUCUCUUUGGAUCAGAAGGUAAUGUACUACGUUGGUGUCGACGUUGGUACAGGUUCGGCUAGAGCAUGCAUUAUCGAUAGCAUGGGUAAUAUCUUAUCACUAGCUGAAAGACCUAUCCAAAGAGAGCAGUUAAAACCUAAUUACAUUACACAGUCGUCACAAGAAAUCUGGCAAGCAGUGUGUCACUGUGUGAAAUCUGUGGUACGUGAUUCUGGAGUCCCUCGGGAGAAGAUUCAUGGUAUCGGCUUUGACGCCACUUGCUCUUUAGUAGUGGUAGAAGAAGACACCGAUAAGGAGGUGGCCGUGGGGCCCGAUUUUUCUAAUACAGACCAGAACAUCAUUCUGUGGAUGGACCACCGUGCCAUUGAGGAGACGGCUAUCAUCAAUGCAACGGGGGAUAAGUGUUUGAAAUACGUGGGCGGUCAAAUGUCGGUAGAAAUGGAAAUCCCCAAGAUCAAAUGGCUAAAAAACAACCUUCCAGAUGGAAAAUUCACGAAGUGCAAGUUUUUUGAUUUGGCUGAUUACUUAACCUUCAAGGCCACUGGAAAAGAAACCCGUAGUUUCUGCUCCACCGUAUGUAAACAAGGUUUGAUCCCAAUUGGCGUUGAGGGCUCUACUGAAGGUUGGUCCCGCGAGUUUUUAACAGAAAUAGGACUCGAGGAGCUUUGCGAAGACAAUUUUCGGAGAAUUGGAGGGGCUGUUAAGAAUGACGACCCUCAGAACAAGAACUUCCUAAGUGCUGGUGAAUUUGUAGGCGCUUUGGAUGAAAAUGUCGCUGAAGAGCUAGGCUUGAGCGCUCUCUGUGUAGUGGGUUCUGGUGUCAUUGAUGCCUAUGCUGGCUGGGUUGGUACGGUUGCGGCAAGAACUGAUGUGGACAUUCCUGCUCUGGUGGAAACCGAUCAAAAGAAAGUUGGCAUUGAUCGUGCAACAGGAAGAUUAGCUGCAGUAGCAGGCACUUCCACCUGUCAUAUCGCUAUGUCUCGUGAUCCUAUUUUCGUCGAUGGUGUUUGGGGCCCUUAUCGUGAUGUGUUAGCGAACAAUUUCUGGUGUGCCGAAGGUGGUCAAAGUUGCACCGGAGCACUCCUUGCACAUGUCAUGACCACUCACCCAGCCUACACAGAGCUUUCACAAUUAUCUGAUGCUGCCAGUGUUUCCAAGUUUGAUUAUUUGAACUCAAGACUAGAAAUGCUAGCGCAACAACGAGAAGAAAGAAGUGUUGUACAUCUCGCUAAGAAUUUAUUCUUCUAUGGUGAUUACCACGGGAACAGGUCGCCCAUCGCAGAUGCGUCCAUGCGGGCUGCAAUCAUCGGGCAAUCCAUGGACAACUCCAUAGAUGACUUAGCUUUGCUGUAUCUGGGUGCGUGUGAGUUCAUUGCUCAGCAGACAAGGCAAAUUGUCGAGAAAAUGUGCGUCUCGGGUCAUCAUCUUUCUGCUAUUUUCAUGUCUGGAGGUCAAUGCCGUAAUGGUCUGUUGAUGAGAUUAUUGGCUGACUGCACGGGGCUACCCAUAGUGAUUCCAAGAUACAUUGACGCUGCAGUGGUUUUUGGGUCUGCACUACUCGGUGCUGUUGCGAGCGAGAGCUUUGAUUUGAAACAGACUGGGACAGAUCUUUCCACAAGACGUAAGUCCUCUCUGGCCGGUUUAGUAGACGAGAACCCUGGAAACGCAGGUCCCAAGAAAUCUGCUCUGUCCAAGUUUGGAAACAUCGGGGGCAUUGCAAGCGGCGACAUUCCUUCCCCCUACACAGCGCCAUCUGCUACUGCAAGCACAUCCCAGAUUGCCUCCACAGUCGGCUUCCCAUUCCCAACCGCAGACGACAGCGAAGCGAUAGAGGAAGACGAUAACGAUAAGGCGUUGGAUUUCAGUGCGGUAAACUCUAAGUGGAAGCAUGAAAUGCAGACCAGAAUGAAGAAAGGUACCUCCGACAACGGCGACGCCAUGUGGAAUGUCAUGUACAACAUGACCGGAGGAGGUAAGGUUGUUCAACCUCGUUCCGAAGACGAUCCAGACCGUCAUUUAUUGAACAUCAAAUACAAGAUUUUCUUGGACAUGGCGGAUACUCAGAGAAAGUACCGUGACAUGAUCAAACAGGCGGGUUUUUAA